AUGGUCAAGAACGGCUUGAUCAAGUCGAACGCUUAUAGCCUUUGGCUCAACGAUCUAAGUGCACACACUGGCUCCAUCUUAUUCGGAGGCGUUAACACGGAAAAGUAUCGUGGUGAACUCCAGACUUUACCCAUACAGACUGUUAAUGGCGAAUACUCGGAGUUUAUAAUCGCUCUAACCGGUGUCUCGACUGAUGCCGGAUCGGACCAUCAUGAUUACUCGUCAGAGGUACUCCCAGCCGCUGUAUUACUGGACUCUGGCAGCUCCCUGACCUAUCUCCCUGAUGCCAUUGUGCAAGACAUUUACGAUGAUCUCAAUGUUGUCUAUGAACCAUCCGGCGGCGUUGGCUAUGUGCCGUGCAGCCUGGCACGGAAGGACAUCAAUAUAACCUAUACAUUUUCAGCACCUACUAUCACUGUCGGUAUUGAUGAACUUGUUCUCGAUGCGGGUGACAUUCAAUUCCGGAAUGGUGCUCGUGCUUGUAUUUUUGGAAUUGUUCCUGCAGGAGAAAACACCGCUGUUAUGGGGGAUACAUUCCUCCGCAGCGCAUAUGUCGUAUAUGACCUUGCCAACAAUGAGAUCUCUCUGGCCAACACCAACUUUAACUCAACCAAAGACCACAUACUUGAGAUUGGGGCAGGUGAAGACUCAGUGCCCGGGGCAACUCAGGUCUCUCACCCAGUUACGUCGGUUGUUGCCGAUGACUCCGGGGCGAGGAUCGGUGGUCCAACUGGUAGCACGUUCACCGGGCUAUCAUCAGCAAGCAGCACCGGAGCGGCUGUCAACGCCGAUCCAACCGAUACCCCAUCAUUACUCGCCUUCGGUGCUGCUGCCAUAGGAUACCUGGUAGCGUUCUAG